AUGGAUCUCAGAUUCCAACAUCCCUGCACAGCUCUUGUCGUGGGCGGGACAGGAACGGGCAAAACUUAUUUCAUGAAGCGCCUCAUUGAAAACAGAGAUGAGAUGUUCAACACCAAAUUUGAAGAGAUCAUUUUCUAUUACUCUGAGUGGCAGUCGCUUUAUGACGAGCUGAAAGAUAAGGUCGAUUUCAGACAAGAACUCCCUAUGCUGGACGACCACCCUGCGGGCCAAGGGCCAAAGCUAAUACCAUUGUGGCUGUUUCUCAGGCUGUGCAUUGGUCUGGCGGUGUGCAAGGUGCUGCAGGAGUCCGACUCCUAUCGGGCAGCAGAAAAACCACUGCUCGCCUUGACAUCUUGCUACAGCGCGAAUGUGGCCCUCACUGUUAUUCGCCAAAUGCGUUACUGGAACAUCCUGCGCGAGAUAAAAUGUCUUGCCGAGGUCUUAGAGGAUGACCUGGCCGAAGAGGUCUGGGUAGCCCGAACGAGGCGGAACAUCAUCUUGUUCUCCUCUAUCAACCUAACCUUUGGCAUUUCCCUCGGAGUAAGCAUUACGCUGCGUUUUAUUAUCUCUGGUGACAACACAUUGCUUCUCCUCUGGCCGUUCGUGCCGUACACGGGGUCCUGGGGAUUGACCAUCGCACAGCUAGUCACCGGAGUCUGCUGCCCUUUACUCUCCAUAACAAUAUCUAUCGUGGUGACUGCCUUGGGUUGCACAACGUCCACUGUGACCGGCCUUCACCACGCCCUGGCGCAGUGCCUCAUUGCGACCGCCACUCCAGAGGCCGUUCGGAACGGAGCCAAACUGCACCAACGGCUGCGGCGCGUCACUCUGGAUCUCACUGAGUUCUUUGCUGGCAAUCUGGCCCACGUGAUGGCGAGUUCUUUCUCUCACUCGUCACUUGCCAUCGUUCAGGUGAUUGCCAGCCAAGAAAUGACGAGCACUACGUUUUUCCAACUAUUUCGCGUACUAGUGGUCUUCCUUUGGCUGUCGUUCCUGAGCCAGGAGCUGUCCGACUCUAGUCUGCGACUACAGCGAUCCGCCUACCUCGCCGCCACCGGCAGCGGCACGGCGCUCGCCGAGGCCCGUGCCCUGAACCUGGUCAUGCUGGCCGCGAGCAGGCCGCCAGCCCUGACCUGCAAGGGCCUUGGCACGCUCAGUCUGUCCUCCGCGGGGCAUGUUCUCCGCCAGCUCUAUUCGGUCAUCAACGUGCUGAAAAAGCAGAACUAGAAAGCACUCCACUAAGUCGUGCAGAGCAAGUAGUGCGCGGUCUAGUUUGCUGAAUCUGGAGAUAGACUGCAGUUUUGUGUCAAGCAAAGCUGCUUAGUAAAGCAGGAUGGUACUUUUGGGCCAAAUAAAGGAUUUCGCCCAAAGAGGCAUCGCAAA